GACACUGCAUAUCCGGCUGAGUUAGUGUUUUGUUCGAGGCGUCUCGCGGAACUGUCAGCAGGUAUGGGCCAUGUACUGUACCAUCAUGACAAAUUGCACGCUAACAUAGUUCUCCAGAAUGUGGCCCUAUUUCAACAUUCAAAGGAGUUAUGUGACAUCACACUCAUUGUAGAGAAUGAGGAGAUAAGAGCUCAUAAAAUUGUUUUAGCAGCUUCAUCUCUAUAUUUUAGGACUAUGUUUUGUGGAAGUUUAAUGGAAAGCCACCAAGAAAAAAUAGUUCUCCAUGACAUUGAACUACCUACCUUUCAAGAAAUCAUACAUUUUAUGUACACAGGUCAAAUAAAGAUUUCUGAGGAAAAUAUUUAUUCUGUGAUCAGUAUGGCAGAUUUCCUACAGAUUCCAGCUUUAAGCCACCCCUGCUGCCAGUAUCUACAGACAAGUCUCUGUGUAGACAACUGCCUAUCAGUGUACCAGACUGCUAUAGAUAGUGGUUACAAUGAUCUUGCCCAUGAAGCUUUGCGCUGCAUACUUCGUAAUUUCUCAUCGGUCUGUGAACAGCCUGAAUUCUUGGAUGUAACUAUUGAACUGUUGUCAGAUAUUCUUUAUUCAGAUUACAUAAACAUUGAUGAUGAAAGUAGGCUACUUGAGAUAUUUAUUCGUUGGAUAAAAGUUGAUCUAGAGAAGCGUGCACAACACAUUCCUUUGAUUCCAAAAAUGAUUUGUUUGGAUGCAGUACCAAUGGAAAAGCUUAUCUCAGUAAAAAUUGAUUCAGUUAUGUUCAAGACUGAGCUUCGUUCUAUAAUGGAUAAAUGUAUUGAUAAAAUUUUGACUGUAAGAUAUGAUGAUCCAGAACAAAACGACCUUAUACUGAAUGAAAAGAGACCCUGCAAAUUUUUUCGAUACCAUGCUGAGCAACAGGUGAUGUUAGUCAUAGGUGGAAAAAUGGAUGAUACAACCACUCAUGCAAGUGUAGAAUGUUUUACUCCUGGAUUCAGUCAAUGGAGUUAUCAUCUUCCUGGACACAAAAUAUGCAUAAAGAGUAUGCGCCAUGCACGAUCUUCAUUUGCUACAGCUGCCAAAGAGUAUGAUGUGUAUGUCAUUGGAGGGAAAGGUGAGUCUGGUCUACUGGACACAUUUGAACAUUAUCAUGUGAAAUGCAACACAUGGAAUUUGUUACAAAAUAUUCCUAAAGCAGUAGAGGGUGCAGCUGCUGUUAUUGCAAAUGGAAAACUUAUUGUAACAGGAGGUCGAUCAAUGACUUGUUAUGAAUCUUCUACAUGGGUCUUUGACAAUACUGUGAAUAAAUGGCAGCAACUUGAAUCAAUGAAAAUUCGCCGUGGCUUUCACUCCUGUGUUUGUGUAGGGGGCAUGGUAUAUGCUUUAGGAGGCAUUGGUGGAGAUUCCCCAACCGCAGAAGGAUGUAUAUCAAAAGUUGAGAGACUUGACAUUUCACAAACUGCAUGGUACUUUGUGGCUCCCAUGGUGCAGGCACGUGCUCACUUUGGUUGUGUGGCAAGUGGUCAGUCCAUUUAUGUUGCUGGAGGCACUUCUGAUGAGAUAUACCUCAGAAGCAUUGAAAGGUAUGACACAUCAACAGACACAUGGUGUGUCCUGAAGCCAAUGCAAAUACCCCGAGCGUAUUUUGGAAUAACAGUUUUCCACAAUCGAAUUUAUUGUGUGGGUGGCAGUGAUAGUGUGCAUGAACUCAAUACAGUAGAGAAAUAUAAUCCAAGCACUGACAUGUGGCACUGUGUUAUUUCCAUGAAUGUCAAACGUGUGUCACCAUCUGCUGUAACAGUGUAUAUUCCAACAUUUCCUGGUGAGCUGCCGCUCGGAAAUGUCCGGCGAAUCGGCGUAAUCAUCGAGUGAGAGGCAUCGUGUUGCAGUCCUGGUGGGUGUACAUCGCCCACAACACGAUGCAUGUCGAUCACAAAAUCCAGCGUUAGGUGCUGGGCUGAAGUCAUUGUUCGAAUGCUGUGUCAAUGUAAUACAUGCGAAAAUAACUGACGUGGAGGUCGCAGACACAGUAAAACAGCGAAAAUGGAAGACGUUACAACUCGGGGUCACCAGUGAGGAGGAUUACCGGGUUGGUUGCACCAGUAAUUACACCCUUUUAGCAGUAGUUCAUUUAUUAACCUUAUCACAUACAAGGAUCACAAAUAACUGAACUAAACAUGGCAGAACAGCCAAAGAUAAAGCUUAGAGUUCAAAGAUGAAUGCAUAUUGAUGUUGGUGUCAAUUUCAUCAGCGCCACAAGUGUUUCUAUGCAACACAUAUAAGUUAGCUACAGGGGAGUGGUUGCCUUUCUUUAUUUUGUGUAAUUUUUUAUGGCU